ACAUUUUGAACAGGAGAACUAAGAUAACCAGAGAGAGAGAGAAAGAGUAGAAUGUUCUGAUGUCUAAGCGCAGGAUAUGGUUUGGUGUAGAAACAAGACGUCACAGGAAACAGAGAAGGUGACAGCAAGCAGCCUUUAGGAACAGCCGAAUACAAGAACAGAAAACGAGAAAGAUGGAAAGAAGUAAGACGCAGCCGCUUCAACAGGGGGUCCAAAUUCAAUCCCACAACAUCACCGGUCCAUCCUGUGCUGGUGUCCAGCCUCAGAUUACCUUGUCUCUGCAUGAACUAUUAGAUGAAGUGGUGGUUGCAAUAUUGGCGAUGGUGGUGGCGGUGGUGCAUGUGGUGGUGGUGGCAGUGACGACCAGGGUUCACAGGAGAAGAUACCACCGCAUGUUGGAACGAAGUCAGAAAAUGGAGUCUCAACCCCAGCCUAGCACCAGCCGAAGCGCGCAAACACCCACACAAACACACGAGGCUUCACACCAGCUCGAGGACACGAACCGAGACUCCCACAUAUAUGAAGUCAUCCCCUUCGAUACUAUGAACCCUCCUGACGAACAUUCUCCUCUAUAUGAGACUGAGGGCCUUUACGAAGAGAUUCAAGGUCACAGGGCAUCCGGAGGCAUUAAAUUUGCAGAUUAUGAGACUGUUAAAUAUGAAAAGAUUGAUUCUCCUAACAGUUCUCAAUCCAUGUGUGAAAUUUAUGCUAAUAUAUGUAACACUUCAACCCAUGCGGAACCCCAACUUCCUGAAACUCCCAUUGACUCUGAAACUGAAGGUGACACAGUGAAAUACGAUGAUGUUGCAGCCCCUGAAACUUCCAAUACCCCUGAAAGUCCCACUGGCCCUGAAACUGAAGGUGAUGCAGUGAAAUACGAUGAAAUUAUAGACCCUGAAACUUCCAAUACCCCUGAAACUCCCACUGGCCCUGAAACUGAAGGUGAUGCAGUGAAAUACGAUGAAAUUAUAGACCCUGAAACUUCCAAUACCCCUGAAACUUAUACUGACCCCGAAAAAGACGAUGCUGGGUAUGAAAUUCCUCUUGUGGUUAAGGGUUCACAAGUCUAAGGGUCAGGGUAGUUUAGACUAUUAGGUUAGGCUGUUUGAUUAGGCUGUUUGUUUGAUUAGGCUGUUUGUUUGGUUAGGCUGUUUGUUUGAUUAGGCUGUUUGUUUAAUUAGGCUGUUUGUUUGGUUAGGCUGUUUGUUUGGUUAGGCUGUUUGUUUGGUUAGGCUGUUUGUUUGAUUAGGCUGUUUGUUUGGUUAGGCUGUUUGUUUGGUUAGGCUGUUUGUUUGAUUAGGCUGUUUGUUUGGUUAGGCUGUUUGUUUGGUUAGGCUGUUUGUUUGAUUAGGCUGUUUGUUUGGUUAGGCUGUUUGUUUGGUUAGGCUGUUUGUUUGAUUAGGCUGUUUGUUUGGUUAGGCUGUUUGUUUGGUUAGGCUGUUUGUUUGAUUAGGCUGUUUGUUUGGUUAGGCUGUUUGUUUGGUUAGGCUGUUUGUUUGAUUAGGCUGUUUGUUUGGUUAGGCUGUUUGUUUGGUUAGGCUGUUUGUUUGAUUAGGCUGUUUGUUUGGUUAGGCUGUUUGUUUGGUUAGGCUGUUUGGUUAGGCUGUUUGUUUGAUUAGGCUGUUUGUUUGAUUAGGCUGUUUGUUUGGUUAGGCUGUUUGUUUGAUUAGGCUGUUUGUUUGGUUAGGCUGUUUGUUUGGUUAGGCUGUUUGGUUAGGCUAUUAGGUGAGGCAAUUAGGUUAGGCUAGGUUAGACAUUGUUAUGGUGUUAUAUAGAGUUUGUAAUGCACACACUGUUUAUAAUACAAUUUUUAAUACUCCUCUUUCUACUACUACUACUAUUACUACUACUACUACUACUAUUACUACUCUGGUUAUUACCCAUGCUCCUCCUUCACCACCACCACCACCUCCUCCUCCUACUACUACUACUACUACUACUACUACUACUACUUGAGGCGUAUAUAUAUUUUUUUUUUUCUCCACGAGUACACUUAUAAGGGCGAGUGAAGGUUAAUUAUCCUGCUUUCAAUGUAUUAUGUACGUUCAAGUUGUAUUUGUUAUUAUUUUCCUUUCCAAUAAAUGAUAAACAGCAAA